CGAGGUUACGCCAGCUAAACCGCAACAGUAGAUCUAGUGCGAUCAAUCCAUUGUUGAGGAAAUUAUAUGAAAUCUUUUGAAUUGUGUUUCGUGUAUGUGCGUUAAGUUUACUGAUAGUGUAUGCAAACUUGGUAAAAUAUCGUAGUUACUAAUACAAAACAACGAUGUCAAUCGUUACCGAGCACGGCGGAAAAGGUUACGCGCCAUUACCGCAAAGUAUGAGCAAUACAGACACUGAGAAUGAAGAUGAGGAUGUCGAGAAAAAGUCACGUCAAUCUACAAAGCACGACUCAACGACAAUGCAGGAGAACGUAAGAUUUUUCCCUCUCGACGAAUCUAAAAACCUGGCAAACAAACUCAGGAAUGGUCGAAACACUAGUUUGGGAUACUGCAGCGACGAUAUACCGAUAAUGGUUAUUGACCAGGAUACAAAUAACGACCUGUGGAAGAGACCGCACAUGUCUUUCCUACGGCAAUUCUUUUUGGCUGCUUCCAUCCUACUCUGUCUAGCAACAAUAGUCAUAUUUCUAUACGUUCUUCCCUGCAAUGAAUCUGACUCGCUACCACCAGCUAUCAAAAAUCGCCCAGCCUUACUCUGGGAUAACACUUUUCAAGGCAUGGAAUUAUACGGACCCAUCCUAGUCAUACCUGGCACCCCGCGAAACCUAGUAAUGAUGUAUCGAGGACAACUUUAUGGAGACUCAGUUGGCAAAAUGCAAGGGUCAAUGGUGCCACUUCGAAAAGGUGGAGUUAUUUCGAUACACGGAGGUAAUGGUUCACCUCUUUGGGUUGUUCGGCUUUCAUACCCACCGACAGAGAUAAUUUGCAAAAAUCUUAAUAUGGACAAAUCCAGAAAGCCGGAAACGACAUGUCUAGUCGCAGGAGAACAGGGACUGAUCAGCAUCAAUUCAACUACUGGGUUGACACAGUGGAGCAUAAGCAUGUCUACUCAUUCAAAGCUGCCUAUGGUUUUACCUGAUAUUGAUGGUGAUGGAGUCGCCGAUCUACUGAGUGUUGUGACAUCUAAGGACCAGAAGAAACAAGGCCCAGCUUUAUUCUCUGGAAAAACUGGAUCGCUGCUGGGUCAAGAACUGAAUCCUGAGUGUCGCCAUAUAUAUAUUUCCAGCUUAGAUUCAAAUGAUACAAUAUCUUACCUCUGCGGUGAUCCCAAUGGAAAACAAUCAACGAAAACAAUAACCUUCAAGGAGUUGUUCCCCGGGAUACACUAUCCCGAGACCACGGAGAAGAUAACUGAUGAACUUAACAACUUGCCCAAGCCUGUUGUUACGUCUGUACAAAAUUUGGAUCAGGAUAUUGUGCAACUGACACCGUUUCACCAGCUGGGAAUAGAACAUCAAGGAACGUGUCCUGGUGAUCUCUGUCAAACGAUAAUGAACAUCACUUUUCAGAAGGAUUCAGACCAGCCACGUAUGAUUUGGAAGAGUUACGGACCAAACGCAUAUGGCAUGAAGCCGGCCAUUUUCACGCAGAUUAACAAGCCACUCGUGACGGGAUUCGUUAUGAAAUUCUGGCAGUGGAGUCCAGACGUGUGCUCUUCCGAUCGAUCGUGCUCAGUUUGCUCUCCUAAAGAGCGUCGCCGCGUUGCUCCGCCGUCACGCUCGCGUUCUAGAUCCUUUUCUGCAUCCAGAUCAAGGCCACACGUCAAAGAAAUUCCAGCUUCUAGCUCCAGGGUACCGGCUCCAAGAGCUAGACCCCGCUCACCUCCUUUACCACGACCGCGUACUCCACCACCAGCUCCUCAGCCUCCACCAAGCAGGCAUCACAAGGAGUAUAAGCAGGGUAAAGAGAAGGAAGCCAAGGCCCGACGCAAGGAAAAACAUCACAGCCGGGUCCUAGAUGACCCGCGAGUUCCCGAUCCUAUACCAUUGAUGCGUAAGCCAGUGAAAGUUGAGAAGAUGCAUCCUAAUCACCCUCCACCACAAUCCAUUCAAUCUGGACAUCCACCACUGGACUCAUCUGCUAGUGAUGAUAGCGACAGUUCUUCUAAUACCUCACAUGUUGGACCUCCAAGAAUGACGUUGUCUGAAAGGUUUGGUAAAAUGGCACAAUGGAGCGUAGAUCGGAGAGACAUGGAGAAUAUGCGCAUAACAAAGGAUGGUGAGAAUGCCAUGAAAGUGGUAAUAGAGGGAGAAGAAAGAAUCGCUCGGCUGGGUUACGACUCGCCUCCACCAGGACAUUAUCCGGAAUCUCUGUUGGCCCAAGGCCCACGCGGUCUUGAGUCAUGGGACGAUGUACGUGUUAGGUAUGAUUACUACAAGGCUCGCGGUUACCUGAGAGAUCUGACACUCGAUGAUUACGUUAAAUGGGAAGAAUGGUGGUACAAGUACCAGGAAUGGCUGGAAGCCGAACGAUUCUACGAGCAAUGGGCUACAAACCGCCCUUCUGGUGGAGGUCGCAAAAGACGUGGACGUCGCAACAACAAUGCUCACUAACCAGGGUAGUUGCGAAUACGUUAACGAUGAAUUGACUUUCUCGUGAACAAUAUCAUUGUUGAAUACUUAUACAUUAUAUAUUAUACAUAUAAACACUCAUCGUAAAUGCAUUAUUAUCAGUAUAGGUAUAUCAUGUAUGUACAAGCUCUAUAUUACGAUUAAAUAUUAUCAUGGUCA